AUGGUUUCCACGUUAUGGCGACGUCUCUCGAUGUUCUUUACCAACCAGCCUCGAGCUACUUGGGUGAGAGGUAUCGGUAUCAUCUUAUUUCUCUUGACGGUUCUCUCCACAGCGACAGCCAUUGCGUACUCGACCUCAAAUGUUGAGACAGUAUCACCGUCUCACUAUGCUGUGAUCAAGUCCAAUUUUGCCGAUCCAUGCCUGCUGAGUGUGGAUGGGAUGUUCUAUGCGUUUGCGACGCGACCAGAUCCUUCGUUACAUGUCCAAGUUGCAAGUGCGAAGGAUAUAUCGGAUUGGACAUUGCAUGAGGGAUAUGAUGCCAUGCCCAAACUACCGAAAUGGGCUGUCCAAGAUGGCGAUGCUGCAGUGUGGGCGCCAGAGGUUGUGCAACGGCCCGACGGGAGCUUUGUUCUCUACUUCUCGGCAUCAUGGCAUGCCAACAGUCGCUUUCACUGUGUCGGCGCCGCAACAUCUCCCAAUGUCACAGGCCCAUAUGUCCCAAUGGAAGAGCCACUUACCUGUCCCUUCGACCAAGGUGGCGCAAUCGACCCGACUUUCAUCUACGACCGACGAAAGAACAUGUCGUUUGUCGUCUACAAGAACGAUGGCAACGCAAUUGGCACCGGCGGAGCUUGCAGUAAUAGCAACUGGCCCAACACGCCCACUUCGUUCCAAUUCAACAUCGUCGACAACGAGGACUAUACAACACGCAUUGGAAACGAUACCUGGACUCCCGUUGGCAAUGCCACUUGGAUUUUGUUCAGCGAACGUAGCGAUGGGCCAAACGUGGAAAGUCCACAGAUAUUCUACAGGGGCGAUGCCCAGGGCAGAUUCGCCCUAGCUGGAGACCUCUCGGCUUACCAUCUGAUCUACAACGCGGGCUGUUUCGCAGAUGAGUCUUAUCGCAUCGAACAUAUUGUCUGCCGAGCAACUCAACUGAACGCGGUGUCCACACAGUGGACUCACCAUGAUCCCACAUAUGUUCCGUUCUUCCGGGAUUGCUCGUUUGGCGCCAUGCAACCCGAAAGCUAUAAAUCUUGGGGCCAGGCGUUCCUAGGAUUUAGGGACAAUAUUGACAAUCACUACGACUUGAUCUUGAAAUCUGGUGUAUUCCGGCAGCCUGACGGAGUUGGCGUGCAGCUAUAUGCACCUGGGGGCCCUGCAGUGAUUCAAGAUGGACGAUACAUGGCUUUCCAUGCAGACAUCAGCCGGGAUUGGUAUGAGGGUAAAGUAUGUCCCACCUGUAGGGUCCGAGCUAUGUUCGUUGCCGAAUUGGAAUAUGGCAGUAAAGGCACGGGACUGAGGGUCAAAAGGCUGAUCAAACCUAAGUGA